GAUUUUUGCCACCCAUGGGAGGAGAGAAAACAUUUGUGUUUUAUUAUUUAGGAGAAAAAAUGAUUGAAACGUGGCAUUCAUGUAAUCUAAUAUAUCAAAUGUAGUUUAAAGAAAUCUACAUGGAGUAUAUGAAACAUAGACUGUGAUCUGGUUAUUAUAAGAAUCUGGUUAUUAUAAGAAUGGUGUAAAGUGGAACCGUAAGAGAAAAGUGUUCAAUAUGUACAUGAAAUAUGUAUUUGUUUUGUCCCUCUACCUCAUGCUCGACAGUGCGUCGUCUAUGCACAUAAAGGGCGAAUUUUCUACAGAUGAGUUCUUCAAAUUCGUAGUCAAAUUUGGCUUUCAGAAAACUGACAUCCAUUAUCAAAAAGAAACAUAUGGAUUCAUAUUCGGCAAUAUCACAUCAAAAGAGCGUUUUAUGUAUCCUAUCACAUUUGCUGUGUUGAACAGGCAUCAUUUUAUUCAUUAUUAUAAAAAUCGGGAUAUAGAGAACAAGGAGCUGGCAUGUCAAGUCAUGUUCCAGAACUUGAAUACGUCUGCUUACCACCCUAAGUGUAAUGCUGGAGGACAGGAUUUUUUUCGGCGCAUCCCUUGCCCAAAAAACGAAGUUUGCGUUGAUGAAGACUCCCUAUGGAAUGUUGUAAAGAAAAGUCAAUUUACUUACGACAUUGAGAACCCAGGCCAACCAAGGUUCUGGUAUGUGUCCAUGGUAUCCUGCUAUCUCAAUGAGACAACAUGCACAUGGCAUCAUUACAAAGGAGCACCAUCGAAAGAUAAUAAAACCAUGACAAAUGUCCCGCAAAAAGUCCAAUAUGACUUUUGGCUGGUCAAUGGGAAUCCUAAUCAAAGUCUAUACAAUAGCCUGAUGUACCAAUUUUCGUUUGAUCAUCAAAACACCCUUGAAUUGUAUUUGGUGUUUCUGCUUUGCUAUAUUGUCCUUGUGCCAGUGCAGAUUUAUGCUGUCAGGACACAGAAACAUCCAGUUACAAAGUUAUUCACCUGCAGUCUCAUACUGGAGUUUGGUGCCAUUUGCUUCAAUUUCCUGCACACAGUGAAGUUUGCCGCAGAUGGCGUAGGAUUUACUGGGCUCGAUGUUGCUGGGGAUAUACUGGAUAUUAUGAGCCGGACCCUCUUUAUGCUGCUGCUCCUGUUAUUGGCAAAAGGCUGGGCAGUGACCAGAUUGGAGCUUACAUACAAGCCAUUGGUUUUCGGCGUGUGGCUGGCAUAUGGCAUCGUACAUAUACUGCUGUAUGUGUGGAAUACAACGGAAGUAGAUAUCAUAGAGGAAAUAGACGAAUACCAAACGUGGCCGGGCUGGCUCAUCCUCACCCUGCGCGUGGCCAUCAUGUCGUGGUUCGUGCUGGAGCUGCGCAACACGAUGAUGUACGAGCACAACAUGGCCAAGCUGAACUUCCUCCUGCAUUUCGGUGCCUCGAGCUUGGUGUGGUUCGUGUAUCUGCCGGUCAUCGCUUUGAUAGCACUGCAGAUUAGCCCCUUGUGGAGGUUUAAAUUUUUACUCGGUAUUACAUAUUCGGCGGACUGCCUGGCGUUCUGUGUCAUGACACAUCUGCUGUGGCCCACUCGAUCGGAACAGUACUUGCUGCUGGCUCCCUCUGAUUACACAGCGGGCAUCGAGGAACUAGACGAGUUCAACGAGUCGCCGCACGUGGUGCACAGCGACACGGUGGCGCUCACGGCCGACAGCGUCAACGUCGACGAUGAGGACGUCAUAUUCACCCGCUCGCACAAGAACACCGUAUACUCAUAGCGGGACUAGACCAAUCCAGGGGAAACUUCGAGAAUUUUGUCCACGAGGCAGUCGGUUAGAACGAGCUAAGUGAUCUUUGAGAUUGUUAACCGGCUCUGCGUGUCAGACAUUUUUAGACGAGGGCUGAUGAUAGCCUAUUAGCCAUAUUGAGCGGACAAUGGGAUAUAUGUAUAUGAGGUUUAUUAAUUUCUAAAUUUUGUCCGGUCCUGCACUUAAGUGGGAUGUGUCGCACCGUUGUCAAAUUUUCAAUACCUAUGAGUAAAUGUCGAUUUAAGUGUAAUAUUAGUCAUAGGCGUUAUAUGUGAAUAGAUACGAGUAUACAACGCGUAUUAUGAUAAAGUGCAUCUGUUGUAAUAGGUACCUACAGCGUAGACAAACUAUUGCACAGUACCGAUAAAGAAAAAAAAUGGCGGAAUAAUAUAAUGAGUUCCUCGAGCAUUGUUUUAAAGAAUUUAAAGUAAUUAGGUAUAGUGUAUUUUAAUGUGCAGUGUCAAAUCGAAAACUUAGUCACGUAGUUGUAAGUAACGGGACGAUAUCUGUUUUCUCGUUGAAUAACAUUUUUUCAUAAAGUAUUCUUUAACCCAAGACAAGGCAAGAAAAUAUUCAAAAGAAAACCUUGAAACCACUUUUAUUGUAAUCACUUGCGCUAUAUCUAUGUUUGAGGCUACGUAACACUGGCGCAUGUUCUUAUACUUGAAUACCUAACUUACAAUUUUGCAAUUUACCUAUAGUUAGAGUGCGCUAGAACGGCUACAUUUGAAAAAUUGUUCCUCAAAAUUUGGCAGAACCUCCUGACAACCGGCGUCCUACGUGUAGUACAUAGGCCCCAAUCAAGUUUUGACAUUGCAUCAACUUGAUAGUUUAAUUUAAAUUAGCAAAUUUGAUACCCAGUCAGGGGGUAAAAACCCUGAUAAACAGGUCAGACAAUUUGUGAAAAACCUUCUGUAGUGAAUAUUUACAAUUUUACUCCAUUGAAAGAAAAUACCAUCUCAAGAUUUUUGUCGUGUUAUUUGAUGUUGUUUAUACUAGGUAGUUGCAGGUUACAUGUAUUAGAUGAUUAGUACCUACAUAUUUAGGUAAUAAUGAAUGUUCUAAUGAGUGUCACUGAAAUGUGCCAACCUGUGAGUCAAAAGUUGCAUAACACACUAAUCACUUUUGAAACUUUUUAUGAAGUAUAGUAGGUACAAAAUUAACGAAGGCGGUAUAAACAGUUAAUAAACCUGCGAGUCGAAACUAUCUUAUUGCACAAAGCCUUAAUAGUUCAUAACUUUAAAUGAAAUAAAAAUAUCUUUAUAUUGAAGUUGUUAUAUCGAAUAGUAGAUUAAAAAUCUGUCUCUAAUAACUGCUUUGCGUACACUUUCAUUCUUGGCUGAAAUCAGUUUUAUAAUACUCUUCCGACUCUUCAGAGUAUAAGAUGUUAAUUUUUCUUAGGCUUGUAUAAUAGGAAGUUAACGAGAUCUUCCACCAAAAGCGUAGACAUUUUAAGUGAUUUUUAAAACGAUAGAUGUCAAUUACCAGUAGUAGAAAAAGUAAUACUAACCAAUAAUACCAAUCAUCUCCUCAGACUUAUGAAAUCAUUACCAGCGACAGAGACGGAACUGUACCUUUUGAAAUAAAACAUGAAUUCAAACAUUUAUUCUUCUGCUCGUCAACAGAUAGCUGCUAUCGCUCAUGAUAAGUUGAGUGCAAUGUUAUGUCUGUAGACCGCGUUGCAAAUCAGAAAUAAUCACUCAACUUGGCAUAAUUAUUUAUAAAUAUAUAAAUUGAAUUUACUAAAAUUUAAGAUGUUUAAAUAAAUCAAUGUUUUAUAUAAAGGUUUUAACUUUGUAUUGCUGACUGAGAAGAAGAAAUGAAUGAAAUAACUCGCAUAAAUAUCGUUUAGUAGGCAUACAUUUUGAAUAAAAUUGAAAAUUGAAUUACAUUAUAAAAAAAACUACCCGAGUUUUGCUCAUACGUAUCUAUACUGAUGUGCCGUUGGAAACUAUUCAAAAUUGCGAAAUUUCCACAUGGUAAAAUUUCGGAUAUUCUCAUAUUUUUGUAUGGGAAUAGAAAUUUACCAUUCCCAAAAUGAAAGUUUCCCUUGUUUCCUGAGAAAUGUCGCUAAAAUUUCCGCGAACUUUUCCAACUUUUUGGAAACUACACAACUUACACAUCUGUAGGUACUCAACGACAUGCUGUUGACAACACAGCGCCGUUUAUUCUGACUUUCACACCCACUGAAAACAAAUGACACACAUUGUUUUACCGACAGUUUACCAAGAGAAAUAUCUAGAUUCUGAAAUGUUUCACUGUGGAUACUAUACAUUACCUUAAGGUCGUAUGUACUGUACAGUACAGUACGUCUCUACACAUUCUUAUGAAGUAAAUUUGUAAUACCUAGGUACGUACUAUAAAUGUAUAAGGUUAGUUAUAUAUAGUUUAAUAUUGUAAGAAUCUUAUUUUUAAGAAAGAUUAUUACGAAAUGCUUAAAGUACAAGUAGAUCUCAUAAUAGAAAGUACUAUAUUGUGUUACAUAUGAUUUCAUUAAUAGAAUGUAUUAUUAAUUAUUUUUAUAAAUACAUGCAUAAUGCAGGUGCAAUGAAAAUUGGCGCGUGUUGCUUUCUAUGUACUUGUUAUGAUUGCUCAUAAGAUGCGUCCAGAUUAGCAAAUACAUGUUUGCAAGCUCACAUAAGCACGUAAUCUACAGCAAACUCGCGGUGCAUUGGUUUGAUCUGGACACAUCUUUACUAUACGUAGAUGGGAUAGUAAGAGAGGAAUAUAAAUAUUUGUAGAGCAGAGCAAGUAGACGCACGAUUUUUAUCCUUUGCUUAAAAGUGGAUAUAUUGUUUACGUGCCAAAUUCAUCAUAUUUUACAAGCAUUUAACUUGCAAUGUAUGUAUGUUCCCAUUAUUUAAUUUAUGGUGUACCUACCUAUUACUUACUCGUUUACGGCAGAAAAACGGGAAGAGGAACAACAGUAAUACUGAAUUUUGUAAACGAAUUUGACAAUUUAGGUAAUACUUCAACAAAUACAUUUAUUAUGUAUAAUACCUACGUUGGUAUAUCUUUACCGAGGAUGCUGUAACCCAUGGUAUAAUAAUAUGUAUACUCCGCCUGGUACUCUCUUCCCGUCUUUUCGUGGUCACGUGACUGACACAAGCCUACGUCAUCAUGCGACAGCGCUAUAUGAUAAUAUGCGAUAGCGCUAUAUAAAGUGGCAAUGUUAUUGUGACGUAGGCUUGUGUCACUCUGGGAAGAGAAGACCAUGUUUUAUUAGACUAUGCUGUAACCACUUGAAUACCAAUAACAUACAUAGAGGGGGGGCACCAACAAUUGUGCAUGCCAUCUUAACGAUCACUGAAACGAUAAAGCAGGUGGGUUAAUUUAAUAUAUGGAUAUGGUAAAAUGUUAUUGUAAUGCAUCAGCUAAACAAAACCGGCCCUUGUUUUGAUCAUUGUCCCUAAAAUCUCGGCUAUUAGUUGUACUAUUUUUGAUUCGAUAGCCGCACUAUUCUUCAGAUAAAUUCAACAUCUUUAUUUCUGUUGUUGUUGUAGUAGAUUUCUGUCUAUUGUUUUUUUUUGUGUUGGAUGAAUCUAAUUUAAACCUAUACAUAUACCUAUAUACCUAUUGCGAAUUUAUUUAUUUCAUUUCAACAAUAUUUAUGACCCUACCUUAAGUACCUAAUUAGUCAUGUAAAUUAUAUUAAGCUAUGUGUGUAUUGUGUAUAUAAUGUUAACUUUUUUUAUCAAAAUGAUUAUUGGGUUUGCUUUGUUUAAAUUAAAUUGUUUACCUAUUAUAUACGUAGACUUUUUUGGCAAAUUUUCGUAACGCUCUCCCUGAGGCAUAAAUCAUCUAGGUAAUCUUUCAACCUCGCUCGGGUUAACCAGUUUAGUAGCGAAAUAAGCUAUUAUUAUACCAUUAAACUAAUUUUGCUUGCACAGAGGCUCUCAGCUCGGAGUGUUUUAUAUGUUUGCAAAUUAAUAGAUUUUAAAAACAUGUCACUAGAGAUUAAAGUUACUACAGCUAGUGAUUAUAAGUACUGAAGUGGGUAGAAUUUAAAACACUCGUUGAGA